GAGAGAGAGACAGGGAGAGGUGGGGAAGUAACAAGAUGGAUCGGCAAAAGGAAGAUCGACAUUCACAAUAAUUCGAAAGGAGGAAGACGAGUUAGAUACGGCCAGUCUCAGUGUCCUCGUCCACCACAACAAAGCCCUUUUCUUCGGAGAAUCAUAAUCUCCAACACACUCCCUUCCAAAUUCACUCUUGAAUUUUGCUUUUUUCUCAUUAUCAUCGAACAUCGUGAAGAAGAUAACCCAAAUCCCCUCAGAACAGCUUCUUCCGGUAGUACCAGCAGCAACCGUGCUGCUCCUCCCUCUCCUCCUCCUACUACUUCCGUCGUCAUGGUGAGAAAGCGAUUAGCCUCCGAGAUGUCUUCUUCUUCUUCCUUAAACAACCCUGACUACAACAACCACCGUCCUCCUCGCCGUGUCUCUCACCUCCUUGACUCCAACUACAUAAUGAACUCUCCACUACAACCACCGCCCGUUUCCACGGCGGCGGUCGUCGACUCCACGACCCAGCUGAACCCACCGCUCUCCGUCUGCGGCUUCUCCGGUCUCCCGGUUUUCCCUACAGACCGCCGAACAUCGAUGUCCGUACAGCCAAUGGAGCAAGACUCGUCUGCUUCUUCUUCCUCACCUACUGUCUGGGUCGACGCCAUUAUCAGAGACUUAAUCCACUCCUCGACUUCAGUCUCUAUCCCUCAACUUAUCCAGAACGUUAGAGACAUCAUCUUCCCUUGUAACCCAAAUCUCGGCGCUCUUCUCGAUACAGCCACCGUAGUAAACACGGCGGAGGCGUUAAGGGAGAGAAAAGAAGAGAUUAAGAGACAGAAGCAAGACGAGGAAGGCUUGCAUCUUCUCACAUUGCUGCUACAGUGUGCUGAGGCAGUCUCUGCCGAUAAUCUCGAAGAAGCAAACAAGCUUCUCCUCGAGAUCUCUCAGCUCUCCACUCCUUAUGGAACUUCCGCGCAGAGAGUCGCUGCUUACUUCUCGGAAGCUAUGUCUGCGAGAUUACUCAACUCGUGCCUCGGAAUCUACGCGGCGUUGCCUUCACGGUGGAUGCCGCAAACGCACAGCUUGAAGAUGGUAUCUGCGUUUCAAGUGUUUAAUGGGAUAAGCCCUCUAGUGAAAUUCUCACACUUCACUGCUAACCAAGCGAUUCAAGAAGCGUUUGAGAAAGAAGAGAGUGUGCACAUCAUAGAUUUGGACAUCAUGCAGGGACUUCAAUGGCCUGGUUUAUUCCACAUCCUAGCUUCUAGACCCGGAGGACCUCCUCACGUGCGUCUCACGGGACUUGGUACCUCCAUGGAAGCUCUUCAGGCUACAGGGAAACGUCUCUCGGAUUUCGCGGAUAAGCUUGGGUUGCCUUUCGAGUUCUGCCCUCUAGCUGAGAAAGUAGGAAACUUGGACGCAGAUAGACUCAAUGUGAGGAAAAGAGAAGCUGUUGCUGCAAUACAUUACUACUCGGCGCUGUUUGAUUCCUUGGGAGCGAGCUACGGUGAAGAGAGCGAAGAGAGACAUGUCGUGGAGCAGCAGCUUCUGUCGAAAGAGAUAAGGAAUGUUCUGGCGGUAGGAGGACCGUCGAGGAGCGGCGAAGUGAAGUUCGAGAGCUGGAGGGAGAAGAUGCAGCAAUGUGGGUUCAAAGGCAUAUCUUUGGCCGGAAACGCAGCGACGCAGGCGACGCUUCUGUUGGGAAUGUUUCCUUCUGAUGGUUAUACAUUGGUUGAUGAUAAUGGUACGCUUAAGCUUGGAUGGAAAGAUCUUUCUUUGCUCACUGCUUCAGCUUGGACUCCUCGUUCUUACUCAUCGUCAUCUUUCUUUCUCCGGCGUCGUCGUGCUGCUUUCAGUUCACCGGGAUUAAGACUUAUUUGCUCGGUGCACUGGCCGGAAAUGGAUCCUGGUCGAUUUGGUCGUCAGCAAGAAUGGGAUAAUAACAGUGCUCCGGAGGGUUAUGGCAAUGAGCAUGAUCCAAACAAUCGGUUUGGUGUAUCAUAUGAUGAGGGAUAUCCCAACGAAAGGUUCUUGCGGGAUGAUGCCUACAAUUAUCCACCUGGACAUGAUACUCCGGGUCCUUUUCCUCAAUCUAGAAGGCGAAACUAUGAAGAAGAUUAUCCUCGUGAACCUCGUAGGCAAGAAAAGCCUUAUACCGAUACAAAUUAUGCUGCUGAUUAUUAUCACGAUGCCGAAGUUGGGAGUCGUAAUGGAUACUACCGUGAUCAUGGACAAGAAAGGUCCUCACGAUAUGAUGGCCGCGAUGACUAUUCUGGCAGUGAUUAUAACUACAGAUCUAGAAACUACCCUCAUAACAGAGAUGAAAGCCGUGAAAAAGAUUAUGAUUACGCUCGCCGCAGUUAUGAUUCUGAUUAUGAGAGGGGCAGUGUGAGAGACGGCAACCGAAAGAGCCGAGACUCGCAGGAUAGGGAAUGGGACUCACGUGAUAGAGAGUGGGAUUCACGUGAUAGAGAAUGGGACAAAAGAAGUUUCAGCCGUGAAAGAGUACUGAGUCCACAUAAGAGAUAUGAGAGAUCUCGAUCUCGAUCUGCUGGACGUGAUGGGUUCUCUAGAUCAAGAUCUCCUAGAGGUCGGAGCCAUGGGCGGAGUCACCGGGAGGACAGCUACGAGGGCGAUCACUGGCAUGAAAGUGAGAGGCGAAGAGAAUAUGAAGAUAGACAUGACCAGGACCUUUUUUCUGCAACCCCAUCCGCCACUGUUGUUGUGAAGGGUCUCUCAACUAAAUCAACAGAAGAAGAUCUAUACCAGCUUCUGGCUGAAUGGGGUCCUCUGCAUCAUGUCCGCGUGAUUCGAGAGCAAAAUUCUGGGGUUUCUCGCGGAUUUGCAUUUAUUGAUUUCCCCACGGUGGAUGCCGCACGCACCAUGAUGGACAAAAUUGAGCAUGAUGGUAUGGUUGUGGAUGGGAAGAAGCUAAUUUUCCAUUACAGCAAAUCUAGGGCUGGUGUGCCCCGCAGGCAGGAAAAUACUUCUAGGCGCAGUUAUGGUGGAAAUAGAAACAUGAUGGUUCCCACAGACUGGGUGUGUACAAUCUGUAACUGUAUCAAUUUUGCGCGGCGAACCUCCUGCUUUCAGUGUAAUGAACCCAAGACCAAGGAUUCUCCUUCAGCCGAUGUAGGUUUAUCAAACUCAACAGCAGGAAGACGAAGUUCGGAGACAGGUCCAACUCAUGUUUUAGUUGUACGUGGGUUGGAUGAAGAUGCUGACGAGGGAAUGAUUCGGUAUGAAUUUUCCAAGCACGCUCCUAUCAAGGAUCUUCGACUUGUGAGAGACAAAUUCACUCAUGUUUCACGGGGAUUUGCAUUUGUGCAUUUCUGUUCGGUUGAGGAUGCUACCAAGGCACUUGAAGCAACAAACGGAAUAACUCUUGAAAAGAAUGGUAAAAUCCUUAGAGUUGCAUAUGCAAAGAGCGUUCAUGGUUCUGGAACUGGUAUAUCAGCACCCUCUCACUCCAGCAACCUCGCUGCUGCCGCAAUUGAAGCAGCAGCAUUUUCUCAACAGUAUGACGGUGGUGGAUGGGCUCCAAAGGAAUACUAUCCUGAUGAGAAACAAAGCGCUGGAGGACAGGCCCAGGGCGUUGGGGAAAUGGAAGCCCAGAAAGGGGCCUCUGCUCCACAAUCCGGCUAUGUGUGGGAUGAAGCAUCUGGUUAUUACUAUGAUGCUGCCUCUGGAUAUUACUACGAUGGAAAUUCAGGUCUUUAUUAUGACAGCAGUAGUGGGCUUUGGUACUCGUAUGACCCUCAAACGCAACAAUAUGUUGCUUGUCCUGAUCAGAACAAUGAGAGUAAAUUAAAUGAAAAACAACCAGAGUCUGCCAAGAUGGUGAAAUCCAGUCAACAAAAAGUAAUCAUCUCUGCGGCUGCUACUCCCAAUGUAGAAAAAGCUCUCUCCUUACCAGAUGCGGUUCAGGCGGCGGCAGAAGCAGCAAUUGCAUCGGAGAAGAGAGAAAAAGAGAGAGUGAAGGAGAUAAAACUUGCGUCGAAGAGUAGCAUAUUGGCUAGCAAGAAAAAGAUGAGUAACGUUUUAACAAUGUGGAAGCAGCGGAGCCAUGAGACACAAACACAACGCCCCUCACUUGCUGAGAAUCCAAUUACAGUUUCGGCUGAAGCAAGGUCGUCUUUCUCCGCUUUACAACUUAAGGGAAAGCUGAAACCCGAUGCAAUUAUUUCAAAGGAGAGAACUACCUCCAGUCAUGGAGUUGCUGCACCGACAACAACUACAGAAAGCUCGAGUAGCAGUACAGCAGGAGGACCUUUGAAGGGGGUGAUGCGAGGUUCUUUUGGAGGAACUGUGGGAGGACCUUCUUCUUCAGCUAAUGCACAAGUGCCUCCAGUUUUGCCUUCUGCUCCUUUACCUUCGGCUCCGGUUUCGGUUUCUGGGAGUGGGAGAAGAAGGUUCUCUGAAACGCCGACUACAGUGCCUACUCACAGAGAACAGCCUCAGACAUCAUACCGGGACCGUGCUGCAGAAAGAAGAAACUUAUACGGUUCAUCAGCUCCGAGUGUAAAUGAUGACAUUGAUAUAAAUGAGGAUACUACGGGGUUGAGAAGAGGUGCGUUUGAUCCCACACCUUUUCCUCCUGGUGUGGGUGGGCGUGGGAUUACCACAACCGAAGUCGAUAGUUUCGAUGUAAUUACAGAAGAGCAAGCAAUAGGCGAGAGUAACGUGGGAAACAGAAUGUUGAGGAACAUGGGUUGGCACGAAGGAUCGGGUUUAGGGAAAGACGGGAGUGGGAUGAAAGAGCCGGUGCAAGCGCAAGGCGUUGAUAGGAGAGCAGGACUUGGGAGUCACCAGAAGAAACUUGAUGCUGAGUUUGAAGCUCAGCCUGGUGAUACCUACAGAACUCUUCUCCAUAAGAAAGCACUCGCGAGGUUUCGUGACAUGUCCGACAAUAAUUGACUGUUGGGAGGUUUUUGUGUUGUGUGUGUAAAGCGGAGUUGGAAUCUUUAUGUUUGGUUGUGUUUUAAACUCUGAAAGUGAUUUUGAUUUUGCUCUCCCCUAUGAAUUGUUGAUUAUAAAUGGACAGUUUGAACACAUGGCACCUUCAUUCUUUCUUGAGUUGAUCCGUUCAAAUACAACUUUAAUCACUCGUCAUACCUGGAGACUUCCAAAAAUUUCUGAAAAACUUGUAACUAUUUUUCUAAGACUAACAAAGUUUUCUCAAGAAUUCCAC